AUGGGCGAGAAUGCCAUGUUCAUGCACGAUAAUGCACGGGCGCACACUGCUCAAGUUGUAAAUGAGUAUUUUCAUGACGUAGGAAUCCACAAAAUGGAGUGGCCAGCAAGGAGCCCCGAUUUGAAUCCCAUUGAGCACGCUUGGGACGAGCUGGACAGACGUGUGAGAGACCGAGUUCCACCUCCAAUUACACUUCGUGGCUUGAAAGACGCGCUCAUCAAAGAAUGGGAGAACAUUCCUCAGCAUAUGCUGAAGAAUUUGGUAUUCAGCAUGCCCAAUCGCGUAGAAGCUAGAAGAAGAGAGCACAUGGAGGAAACACCAACCCCCACAGACCCCUACGCAGCCAUCACCGCCUGCUCCCGCGCCACAACCGGGGGGCAGGUGCAGCUGUGGCAGUUCCUCCUCGAGCUCCUCCAGGCGGGGGGGCCGGGCAUAGCCUGGGAGGGGUCGGAGGGGGAGUUCCGCCUUACAGACCCGGACGAGGUCGCACGCCGCUGGGGGCAGAGGAAGGCGAAACCGAACAUGAACUAUGAUAAGCUGUCGCGCGCGCUCCGGUAUUACUAUGAUAAGAAUAUUAUGAGUAAGGUGCACGGCAAGCGCUACGCCUACCGCUUCGACUGGGCCGGCCUCGUGGCCGCGUGCCAGGCGCAGGCGCCCGAGCCGCCGCCCUACUGGCGCUACCUGCCGCCCCCCGCGGCCCCCGCGUCCCACGCCGUGGAGGCGCAUCCAGCCGGGCCCUCGCAGCAUGCUAAUGGGGCGCAUGCUAGUGAAGGACGAAGGGAUAACUAGUGAUGCGAGGAUAACGGACUGUUGUG